UUCAAUUGGGCACAUUAACUUACAGCACUUCUCUCCAGUCGGGUAUUCAUCUUAACCGUCCAGCGUCGUUCUUGGCACCCAUACACAUUUAAGCCGUCUACGUCUUUAACGGCGGGGCGUCUUUUUUAUGCCCACUUGGCACCCGGGCAUCUUCACCCUGAUGUGCUGUACAGUUACCCGAGGGCCAGUUCUGUUCCCCUCCACCCCCAUGCGCUUCUGCUCCUGUCUGCCUCUCGUCUUGCAGCUCCCGCAAUCCAAGAUGGCUGCAGGAGGGAAAGGUGGCGGAGCUCCGUGUCUAAGCUUCACCACCCUGGGACCUCUCGGCAACGUCCUCCCAAGCAACAGCGCACAGCCCCCUGCAGCAGCGGCAGCAGCAGCAACCACUAGUGCUGCUGCCGGAGCGGCGGCCGCGGGGGGCUCGCACAGCGGACAGAACCCUCAGGCGUGCGCGGCUAUGCCGGCGAGUCUGCCGCCCACUCCUCCUCCUCCAGCCCCGGCUCUCGUUCCGACUCCGGCCGCGGUGCUGGUAUACAGAGAACCUGUUUACAACUGGCAGGCAACUAAGAGCACCGUCAAGGAGCGCUUCGCCUUUCUCUUUAACAACGAGGUACUCAGCGACGUGCACUUCCUGGUGGGCAAGGGCCUAGGAGUGCAACGCAUCCCGGCGCACAGGUUUGUGCUGGCAGUGGGCAGUGCUGUUUUUGAUGCCAUGUUUAACGGUGGGAUGGCUACCACUUCCACAGAGAUCGAGUUGCCUGAUGUUGAACCUGCUGCCUUCCUGGCUUUGCUAAAAUUCCUGUAUUCUGAUGAAGUGCAGAUAGGACCAGAAACGGUGAUGACCACUCUGUACACUGCCAAAAAGUAUGCUGUGCCAGCGCUGGAAGCACACUGCGUGGAGUUUUUAAAGAAAAACUUGCGGGCCGAUAAUGCCUUCAUGCUCCUCACACAGGCUCGCUUGUUUGAUGAACCUCAGCUUGCCAGUCUAUGCCUGGAGAACAUUGACAAGAACACCUCAGAUGCUAUAAAUGCAGAGGGCUUCACAGACAUUGAUUUGGAUACACUGAUGGCUGUCCUUGAGAGGGACACCCUUGGGAUCCGUGAGAUCCGGCUGUUCAAUGCUGUAGUGCGCUGGUCAGAGGCCGAAUCUCAGCGGCAGCAGCUGCCAGUGACGCCAGAGAACAAGCGUCGGGUACUGGGCAAAGCACUUUCUCUCAUUCGCUUCCCACUGAUGACAAUUGAGGAGUUUGCAGCAGGUCCUGCUCAGUCUGGCAUCCUGACAGACCGGGAAGUGGUUAGCCUAUUUCUCCACUUCACAGUGAACCCCAAGCCCAGAGUGGAGUUCAUUGAUCGGCCGCGAUGCUGCCUGAGAGGCAAGGAGUGCAGCAUCAACCGCUUUCUACAGGUGGAGAGCCGUUGGGGUUACAGCGGGACCAGUGACCGCAUCCGGUUUUCUGUAAAUCGACGAAUAUUUAUUGUAGGAUUUGGUUUGUAUGGCUCAAUCCAUGGCCCCACAGAUUACCAAGUCAAUAUACAGAUCAUCCACACAGACAGCAACACCAUCCUAGGUCAAAACGACACUGGCUUCAGCUGUGAUGGCUCAUCUAAUACCUUCCGAGUCAUGUUCAAAGAACCUGUGGAGAUUCUGCCCAAUGUUAACUAUACAGCCUGUGCCACACUCAAGGGCCCAGACUCCCACUAUGGCACCAAAGGCUUGCGCAAGGUGAUUCAUGAGGCGGCCACAACAGGGGCCAAGACUUGCUUUACAUUCUGCUACGCUGCUGGCAACAACAAUGGCACAUCUGUGGAGGAUGGACAAAUUCCAGAAAUCAUUUUCUAUACAUAGUUGUUUUAAGGAUGUGAAAAGGGAUUAAAAGAAUUGCGGGUGCAUCGGAAAGGGUAAGGGCAACACUGCAAAGGCGGCAGAGGAUUCUGAGCAAAAGUUGACAUCAUUCCAAGGUCAUCACCACUCCAAAAAGCUUGUGAGCAAUUUCCAGUUCAUUUGGUGGGGAAUCGGACAUUGGUCAGCGUGCAAGGAGAAGCUCCAGACAACCAAGUUCUAGUUUUGUGCCCAGCCCACCCCCACAGCACCUUGGUUGAGUGGAUACAAUCGUCAGAAAUGUGUAUUCUGCUCACUUGUCUUCCUGGAGAUGGUGAUCACCCCUUUUGCAGAGAGAGCUGACUGCAAGUGAAGUGGACAUCUCAACAAAAUGCAUGGACUCUCCCACCCUCGCCUCAGAGCCCACUCAACUCUGGGCUCUUUUCUGCCUGUACUACACUUGCUAGAGAGUUAAAUGCAAGUGGGUGGAGGAUACUUGCGUGAACGUCAUGCAGAAUCCAGGUUUGGUGUGCACUUACUCCCAUCAAGCAACAGGACCACCAGAAACUGCAGGUCCAAGGCCUGGAUUUUAAAGGAUACUGUGUGGUACAUUUCCCCAUUGACGUUUUAAUUGAAGAAUUUAAUCUCUCCAUUGAGGCACUUGUCUUUUGCCAUGUGUAUGAAAUGAACAGGUUUGAAGUGCACAUUUAACUUACUGAAUGUAAACAGUUACAUGCGUGUGUUCUCUGCACUGGCUUCUCAUUAUGAACUGUAUAUAUUCAUGAAAAUAAAGGUUUGUGUUAAA